AUGAUGGUGGACGACGAGGCCGGGCGCUGCGCGUCCGAGACGAGCGCGCUCCUGCCAGCGCUGGGCAUCAAGUCGGUCGAGCCCGAGUUCCGGCGCUCGUUCAAGAGCAAGCGGCGGGCCUUUCUGCACGAGGCGCGUGCGAUCUGGAAGAUGGCGUGGAAGGUCUCGCUCGUGACCGUGUGCCAGACGUCGCUGCCAACGAUCAGCGCAGCGUUCUUGGGGCACCUCGGCAACAACGAGCUUGCGGGCAGUGCAUUGGCCAACAUUUGGAUUUCCGGCGUCCAGGUGGUCAUCUACGGCUUUGCUGUCGCGCUCUGUACGCUCUGCGGGCAAGCGUACGGCGCCGAGAACUACGAGCUCGUGGGCAUUUGGCUCCAGCUCGGUAUCUUCUUCUUGACGCUGUUUUCGAUUCCCGUGUGCAUUUCCUUCUUUUACGUCGACGUGAUCCUCGCCGGGCUCAGCGACGAUGUCGUCGUGCUGCAGUUUGCAAGCACGUACGCGAAAUGGUCGGCGCUGAGCAUUUGGCCGCAGUGCGUCUACUACGCGCUUCGACAGUACUUUCAGGCCCAAGAGAUUGUGACACCGGCGACCGUCAUCAACGUGCUCAGCGUCUUUGUGUGCAUUGGCGCCAACUACAUUUUGAUCUUUGGCAUCCCCAACUACUUUGACGGCCUCGGGUUCAUCGGGUCGCCGUUGGCGCAGUGCAUUGCAUCGAUCUUCCAGCCGCUCUCGCUCCUCGUGUAUGCCUGCUACUUUCAGCGGCACCACGAAAAGACUUGGUAUGGCUUUACAUGGGCGUGUCUCGAGCGCGACCGCGUCAAGCGCUUCCUCCUCCUCUCGAUGGGCAUGACGAUCAACAUGGCCAUGGACGAAUGGGUCUACUCGAUCGCUACGUCGCUCGCCUCGUACCUCGGGCCCGUCGUGCUCUCGGCCAACAGUAUUCUCUUCAACCUCUGGAACCUCGUCUUUGGCGUCUACUGGGGCUUUGGCCUCCCGACCCAAGUCCGCGUCGCCAACUUUCUCGGGUCGUACCAACCCGAGCGGGCCAAGACGACGAUGCUUGUGGGCUUUGUGCUGGGCACGGCCGCCAGCGUCGGGUCGGCGCUCCUGGUGUACCUCUUUCGCUAUCCCAUCGUGUCGGCGUUUACACCGGACGCCGAGCUCCAGGCCACGAUCCAUGUGGCGCUGCCGAUCUUUUGCAUUGGUGUCGCCCUAUCGGGUCUGCACCUCGUGCUCGCGGCCGUCGUCGAAGGCAUGUCGCUCGCAUCGACGCUCGUGUGCAUCACGGGUGUCGGGUCGUGGGCCAUCUUGCUGCCAGCGGCGUACGUGCUCGGUAUCGUAUGGGACAUUGGCUUGCCAGGGCUCUGGUGGGGCAGUGUGUUGGGCGAGCUCGCCAAGUUUGUCAUGAUGGCCUUCUUCCUCUCGCGCAUCAAUUGGGAAGAAAUGGCGAUCCUCGCGGUCAAAAUGUCGGAAGGCGAACUCGACGAAGACGAAGUCGAGGCCGAUGUCAUCCAGCGCAUGACGCGGUCCAUGUCGACGCCGUCGCUCCUCAGCAAUCCCGUGCUCUCCAACUUUUCGACGCCGCAGCAAGUGCGCCCCGUGCACCGGCUCACGGACGACGAGCGCAUGACGCACCUCAUGCACGCGCACGAGCACGCGACGCGCCACUACGGCACGAGCGAGAGUUUGUAA